CGAGCCUCGCCUGGUCAAAGCAAUCAAUCAACCCAAACUUCACCUCAUUUAUCACCAACCACACCACGAUGGCAAUCAGAACUCAUCUUCCUCGGCUGCGACCGCUCUCAAAACGAAUUGCGCUCCCUAUCCUCCGCCCAUACCAUUCUUACGACCAUCCACCGCCACCCGGACCCUUUACGCCCACCGAAUCCUCGAUCCUCUCAGCGGCCAUCCCACACAUCCCCAGCCAUGGCUUCACUCACACGACACUCUCCCUAGGCACAAAAGAUGCUGGCUAUAUCGAUGCAUCGACAAACCUCUUUCCUAAUGGCACCUUCAGUCUCGUGCAUUACCACCUCUAUACACAACGUCUCGCUCUCGCGAAACAUGAGCAUAUCCUUUCACCCGCAUUAAAAGAAAGAGAGAAGGUCCCUGGAGUGGGAUGGAAGGUGAAGGCGCUGACGUGGGAGCGGUUGAUGGCAAAUAGAGAGAUUAUACAUCGGUGGCAGGAAGCACUAGCAUUCAUGGCACAACCAUCACACAUGCCAACAGCCAUUUCCGAACUGUCAUCGCUCUCAGACGAGAUCUGGUUUCUCUCCGGUGACACGUCGGUCGAUACCUCCUGGUACAUGAAGCGAGCUUCACUCUCUGCAAUCUAUGCAGCCACCGAGCUUUUCAUGACGACUGAUAAAUCACCUGAUUUCAUUGAUACGAGAGAGUUUCUAAACAGGAGAUUUAAGGAUGUACAAAUUGUGGGAGGAACGAUGGGGAAUGUAGCUCAAUGGGCUGGAUUUACGGCCCAUGCCGGGUUAAAUGUUUUGAGAUCUAAAGGCGUCAGAAUAUGA